AUGUUAUUUUCAUAUUCCAUCAUUGGUUGUGCUAUCCUUGCUCCAUCUGUCCUGUUGGUAGCAUCAAGCCCAAGUCCUCAAACAUCAUCCGGAACAUCUUCGAUGAACAGUAUGGGAAGUAGCAUGUCUACUAAUGGCUCACCACGUGCUGCAUCAAACGGAGGAGUUUUAGCUACCGCCGACGGAGGUCACAAUAACGCCAGUCAUUCAGGAGCUCAUCAUUCUGACGCUCAUCUGCCUAUUCCAAUUGCUGGAUGGGCCAUUCUCUCUGGUUUUGCAGGGCUUUCAACUCUCUUUCUCUAG